CCUUGCCUGACAGUCACUGAAGGAAAUUGGAAAGCCCGCCUCUCCUUCGACGCACACGCGCACGCACGCUCCGGCGGGGUGUAAGGGCACCAGGUGUAAUUGUGGGCGAGCGGUCGCUUCGGAGCUGACACUAAGCAUGUGCAGAUCAAGUCCAGAAGCGCCGGGGUCCCUCGAAGCAGUUUUCAGGACUUAAGACUCUGGGAGUGAGUUUAACAGACGGACUUAGGGCCACUUAAGCAUUGAGAUAAUUAUGGAGAUGUUAACACAUGGAUCAAGCGUUGAGAUAAUUAUGGGGAUGUUAUGACAUGGAUUUUGUACUCGAUGAUGCUCAGUGGGGGUUUCUUGGAGCCUCUGCAGAGUCUGGGGGCCAGGCUCCUUAGUGGAAACUGCAGGAUCUUCCUUCUGACUCCUGCUUGCCUCGCCCCAGCAGCUCCGGUUGAGUCCACAGAUGCCAGCUCAGCUUCCAGCUUGGGAAAGAGUGGGGUUGUCAGCAGGAGAGCCUGAGGGCUGAGGCCCAGCGUGAACAUGGCAGCUAAUGGGGACUCUUCCCCAUGGUCCCCGGUCGUGGCUGCAGAGGGACGUGGCAGCUCAUGUGAGGAUUGUGUCGUUACAGGCUUCAGUGUCAUUUGAGGAUGUGACUGUGGACUUCAGCAGGGAGGAGUGGCAGCACUUGGAUCCUGCCCAGAGACGCCUGUACUGGGAUGUGACACUAGAGAACUACAGCCACCUGCUCUCAGUGGGGUACCAAGUUCCCAAGUCAGAGGCCGCCUUCAAGUUGGAGCAAGGAGAGGGGCCAUGGACGCUGGCAGGGGAAGCCCCACAUCAGAGCUGUUCAGGUGAGGCUAUUGAGAAAAUGCAGCAACAGGGAAUUCCUGGAGAACUUUUCUUCCACUGUGAGAGAUUUGAUCAACCCAUAGGAGAAGAUUCAUUGUGUUCUAUUUUAGAAGCACUGUGGCAAGAUAAUGACCAGUUAGAGCGAUAUCACGAAAACCAGAAUAACCUUUUAAGUCAUGUGAAAGUAUUGAUUAAGGAGAGGGGCUAUGAACGUAAAAACAUUGAAAAAAUAAUUCAUGUGACUACCAAGCUUGUUCCUUCAAUUAAAAGACUCCGUAACUGUGACACAAUUUUGAAGCACACUUUAAACUCACAUAAUCAUAAUAGAAACAGUGCAACAAAGAACCUUGGCAAGAUUUUUGGAAAUGGUAAUAAUUUCCCCCAUAGCCCUUCUUCUACUAAGAAUGAGAAUGCUAAGACAGGAGCAAAUUCCUGUGAACAUGAUCACUAUGAAAAACAUCUCAGCCACAAACAAGCUCUCACCCACCAUCAGAAAAUUCAUCCUGAGGAGAAGCUUUAUAUGUGUACUGAAUGUGUAACAGGCUUCACUCAGAAGUCACAUCUGUUUGAGCAUCAGAGAAUUCAUGCUGGAGAAAAGUCCCAUGAAUGUGACAAGAGCAACAAAGUCUUCCCCCAGAAACCCCAGGUUGAUGCACAUCUGAGUGUUUAUACAGCAGAAAAACCCUAUCUGUGUACUCAAUGUGGGAAAGUCUUUACCCUCAAAUCAAACCUCAUUACACAUCAAAAAAUUCAUACCGGGCAGAAACCCUACAAAUGCAGUGAAUGUGGAAAAGCCUUUUUCCAGAGAUCAGACCUCUUCAGACAUCUGAGAAUUCAUACAGGAGAAAAACCUUAUGAAUGCAGUGAAUGUGGAAAAGGCUUCUCCCAGAACUCAGACCUCAGUAUACAUCAGAAAACUCAUACCGGAGAGAAACACUAUGAAUGCAAUGAAUGUGGGAAGGCUUUCACAAGAAAAUCAGCACUCAGGAUGCAUCAGAGAAUCCACACAGGAGAGAAACCUUAUGUAUGCGCUGACUGUGGGAAGGCCUUCAUCCAGAAAUCACAUUUCAACACACAUCAGAGAAUUCACACUGGAGAAAAGCCGUAUGAAUGCAGCGACUGCGGGAAAUCCUUCACUAAGAAAUCACAACUCCAUGUGCAUCAAAGAAUUCACACCGGAGAGAAACCCUAUAUAUGUACAGAAUGUGGAAAGGUCUUCACUCACAGGACAAACCUCACCACACAUCAGAAAACUCAUACUGGGGAGAAACCCUAUAUGUGUGCUGAAUGUGGAAAGGCUUUUACUGACCAGUCAAAUCUCAUUAAACACCAGAAAACUCACACUGGAGAGAAACCCUAUAAGUGCAAUGGCUGUGGGAAAGCCUUCAUAUGGAAGUCACGCCUCAAAAUACAUCAGAAAUCUCAUAUUGGAGAGAGACACUAUGAAUGCAAGGACUGCGGGAAAGCCUUUAUCCAGAAAUCAACACUAAGCGUGCAUCAGAGAAUCCAUACAGGAGAGAAACCCUACGUUUGUCCUGAAUGCGGGAAGGCCUUUAUCCAGAAAUCACACUUCAUUGCGCAUCAUAGAAUCCAUACUGGAGAGAAGCCUUAUGAAUGCAGCGACUGUGGGAAAUGCUUCACUAAGAAGUCACAACUCCGUGUGCAUCAGAAAAUCCACACAGGUGAGAAGCCCAAUAUAUGUGCUGAAUGUGGGAAGGCCUUCACUGACCGAUCAAAUCUCAUAACGCAUCAGAAAAUCCACACUAGGGAGAAACCCUAUAAAUGUGGUGACUGCGGGAAAACCUUCACCUGGAAGUCACGCCUCAAUAUACAUCAGAAGUCUCAUACUGGAGAAAGACACUAUGAAUGUAGUAAAUGUGGGAAAGCUUUCAUCCAGAAAGCCACACUAAGUAUGCAUCAGAUAAUUCAUACAGGAAAGAAACCUUAUGCUUGUACAGAAUGUCAGAAGGCCUUUACUGACAGAUCGAAUCUCGUUAAACACCAGAAAACGCAUAGUGGAGAAAAACGCUAUAAAGCCAGUGACUGAGAAAGUCUUCACCUGGAAAUCACAACUGGGUAUGCAUCAGGUAUCUAAUAGUAGGUACGACGAAGGCCUGAUGCUGCAAUCGUUGUGCAGGGGGAAAUGGAUAUGAGAGACUGAGGCUUGAGUGAACUGAAGGCAAACAGAGCCAAGUAUCCUUCAAUCCACUGGAAAGACAAGUUCCUGCAUCACCACAGUGUAUAUGCAAUUCGACGCAUAGGAAGAGCCUUUAGAGAAAGCAUUUGAGCCAUAGUCAUGUUUGGUGACAUGAUUCAUACAGACCUCUGGAAAUAGUAGAAUUAAGACCCGAGGAGAUGACUUGUCAUCUCCUAUGCUUCACUUUUUGGAUAAAGAACUUUUUAAAUUCAGUACUGAUUAGUUCAGCAUAUCCUGGGACAUAAAAGUACUCACUACUGGGAAACACUUUUUCAAAUUUCUAGGUUGGGGAGAAGAGUUUUCAUUGUCCAAACACUGGCAGGGCACUGACAUCAAGGCAGGAAAUCUACUUGGGAAUGCAGAUAUCUGUUUUUGUGAUCAUUGGCACUUCAGACACAGAAAAGAUUCCCAUGAAAAACUGUUUUUUCUCUUCCCUUGGGAAGUCCUCAUGGUAUGUGUAUUUUAAGUGCAACAGAAUUUUUAAAUUUAAAGGUAUAACUUUAUGAAUUGGGAAAUUAGGCCUAGCUCUAGCCUGUGUUACAGAAAUAUAGUCAUUGAAUGAUACAGACAUAUAAAGGUAGUAGUUGUCUCAUUAUUAAUUCCCUGCUGGGAGAGCAGGUGAGUCAUACCCUGUAAGAGGUAUGCAUGCCUUCUAACCUGUUUCCCCAAAGCUGUUAUUUGCAUAAGCUGCAGGCCAUAGAUUCCUUAUCCCCUCAGUAACUGACCCUACAACAAUGGAACUGAUCCACAGCACUCUAGAUUUUCAGGCUCUCCCACCAACACCCCUGCUUUCCUUGGGAUUCCUGUUUGAAAAAGAAUGGUUGAAAAAUUGGGUUUCACUUCCUAAUAUUUUGUUUUUCUUCCUAUUUGGUUAAGGUAUAUUCAUUUCAUUUCCUACAUGCACAUUAAGGGUAGUUUUGUGUAGACUGCUAUGGGAUAAAUUCAUGUUGCAUUGCAAUUAGUUUUUCUAAAACAUAAUUACAGUUUAUCAUAGUUGAAUAACUGGAAGACUUCUCAAGAAAGAUCACUGCUCUUUUUUAACACUGAUAUAUAGACACUUUCUCAUUUUCCCUUAAACUUUUUUUUACAAUACUCAUAAAAAGGAACUUACUUUCUAGCAUGCAAUUGUGUUUUUAUUUUAUUUUAAAAUAUUUUUAUUAAACUGUAUAUAGAAAAUGCAUAUAUCAUAAACAUACAGCUCAAUGCAUUCUCAAAAACUGAACAUACUCAGAUCAAGAAACAGAACAUGACCACACCCCAGAAGCCUUCCCCACUUUCCCUUCCAGGCAAGCCCCCAAGGGUAUACACUAUCCUGACUUCUCACAGCAUAGAUUCAUUUUGCCUGUUUUGUAUUUUAUAUAAAUUGAGCCAAACAAUUAUAUAUCAUAUAAUUGAGC